AUGGCUCCUGUCCGCCGCACACGCACAACGAGUACCCCGCAAUUCCAGUACCCGUCUACGCCUCCGACGUCCGGAGACGAGCACGACGACGAGUAUACUCCAGAUCAGGAUUCCGCAAAGGAUCCAAAGCCCAGCGGCCAGCACAGAACGGUACAGCGUACUCAAAGCGCAUCCAUGCAGUCCUCCGUGUCUCCUCUACAACGGGGCUCAGCUUGUCUGAGCUGUCGGCGACGCAAGAUGAAAUGCGAUGGAUCAAGACCUGUUUGUCAACAGUGUACACGUGCUAAUCGCACUGCCGACUGCGAGUACGACGAAGGAAAGUCUAAAACGCGCACCCAACUUCUUCAGGAAAAGAUCCAGAGACUCGAGCUACGCAUCCAGGAGAUGGAAAGCAGCGGGUCCUAUGGUCAUUCGAUCGAUAAUCCGGUUUACGGGCAUCAUGAUUCUUCACUUGACCUUUCGAUGAUUCCGGACCCUCGUACCGAUUUAGGAUUUACCUUUGGUACCACGGCCUCAGGUACACAAGGCUAUGAACUUCGACAGCUCAUGGACGUGGCUAGUACUGCACCAUCCUCCUCCGCCGCCGAUCAGCACGCAUGGCCAGAGGAAAGCCAGAAUUCGGCGGAGGCAUGGUCGACAGAGAUGGGGCCUCUAAGUAUGCAACAGGCAAUGUUGGAAUUAGUUCUUCCACAACUCCCUCGGUUGGGAAUAGACAUCGACGGUCGCGAUCUUCUUCAUUCUCUUUCGCACCCAGCAAGCGCUCGGAGUGCGUUGCAUCCAUCACUCAUCAACGCUCUCUACCUUCACGCCUCCACCCUGGCUCCCCCAGACCAUUAUCUGCGCGCACAUCAAUCUCGUUUCCUCAAACGAACGCAGGAUGCCAUUAAUGCGUCCCUUGAGCUUCCCGACAGCCACCUCUUCGUCGACACCCUCCGAGCACAAUGCCUCCUCGCAACGUGGUAUAUCCGCAUGGCCCGGACGCUUGAGGGGUAUUCGGUCAUUAGCACCGCAGCGCGGCUUGCUGUCGGCUGUGGUCUGAACCGGAUUGUUAGCCCCGUCUGGAAAGGGCAUUCACCUCUGAGCGCUACAGCUGCUGCAAGCCUUCACGAUGCGGGUUCCUCCGACGUGAAUACCACUGCGGGACUGUCGCAAUUGUAUGGGCUGGGCUUGGGCAUCCUGAACCUUGCCGCGGCGGGUGAUGGCGACAAAUCUGACCUCUAUCCCAUUUUGCGUGCCAACUCUUUGCAUCGGCCAAGGACUUUGUGCCUCGAAUUUGGCACCGGUCUCCUCCCAGGGACAUCGCUUCCUGGCACUGCUAGCGGUAGUUCAUCGCCCCUUGCUGGAGGCAUGGCAUCCUAUUCUGGUGGUGGCGUUGGUGGAAUGGCAAGGCCAACGAGAACCAGGGCAAAUCCUAUUCUCGACGCGCCCAAGGAUGCAAAGGAGCUCGGGCAGCGCAUCUUGUUGUUUUGGCGCAUCUUCAAUCUCGACCGCUUCUGGAGCAUCGCGUGUGGGAUGCAACCGUCGCUGAGCGAGGACGAAAUCAUGACCGUCUGGCCCCGAACGAUGGACGACUAUGUCAUGGUGAGCAUUCAGAGUAACUUUGGGGGGGAGAUGGGCUCUUGCUUAUACGCGAUUGUGCAGGGAAAUGUCAAUGAUAGCGAAUACGCUUCCCUUCGCUCCCUCGGAGUACGUUCGCCGCAAGCCCCCGCGCAACUCCGCCCGGAUGCCCCCCUUGCGCUGUUGUCCAAAGCAGUUACCCUAUUCGAACGCUCAGCACGACUGGCAGCAAGUCUGAGCGACGUUCAGCCUCCUACCGCGGCGUUCUGGGAGGCCUAUCGUUUGAUGGAGACUUCGAUUCUACAGUUGAGCUCGAGCCUCCCGCCCAUUCAUCGUCGCUCAGUUCGACACCAUGCAGAGACAUUAAUCUCUCUCGGCAACCCGCCAACUCGGCCACCUUCAGCACCGGUGCUGAGUCAAGCUGGCUCACAAAAAACAUCACCCACAGGCAGCAUGGGCAGUGACUCGCCUGGUACUGGCACAUUCUCUACAUUCUCCGCUUCACAAUCUCCAGCGUUCAACACGCCUGUAUUUCACCCAUCUAUACAAACACAGCAGCAAUCACAGCCCGAUACUCCAAUCGAGAUUGACACCGAGUAUAUGCUCGUGCACGUCGUGCUUAGAUGUGCAUCCGUGCAGCUAUACAAUAUCUUUGCCCAGACGGACGUCAAUAGCUAUGCAAAAGCACUAGCUUCUGCACGGGAAGCAGCCACGAUCGUUGCCCAAGUGGCGGAAGUCGUACACGACUCUUUCGAGUACGACUUGAUGCUUGGACCGUGUCUGACGCUUAUUGCCGAUGUCCUUCUCCGCGAGGCAAACCACGCAACCGCUGCAACCCCGCUAGGUUUGGGAGGUGGGUCCGGCACAAUGGAAAACGUCGAACCCGAACUGGAAGCUGUCUUAUUUGUCCUCAAAGCCAUUGCAACAAACUCGCCACUCGUCCAAAGACAAGCGGCAUUGGUCGUUGCCGCACGCAAUGUACUUGUCGAGCGUAUCAACGCUGUUCACCAUACACCUCCACAGGAUGAUGUGUCCAUGGCGAUGAUGGGCACCAUGAUGUACGGAGCAUAA